GACAAGAGUAACUUGAUAAGAAACAUAUAAUUAAAAAAACAGAGAAAAUAAUAAGAAAUGGGGCCUAAGAACACAUUCACAAUCUUGGUCUUGUUCAUUUUGGCAGGUUUAAUAGCCAUGGAAGUCGAGGCAGGUCAACAUGUAGUUGGUGGCAGCCAAGGGUGGGAGCAAUCCACAGAUUUUGACUCGUGGGCUUCUGCUCAAACAUUCAAGGUUGGAGACCAACUUGUUUUCAAGUACUCGUCGGGACUUCACAGCGUGGUGGAAUUGGCCAAUGAAAAUUCGUACAAGCAGUGUGACAUUGGGACUGCUCUGGACUCCAAGAGCAGUGGGAAUGAUGUUGUGAAAUUGACCAAGCCUGGAACCAGAUACUUUGCUUGUGGUACUAUGGGCCACUGUGAUCAAGGAAUGAAGAUGAAGAUUACAACAGUCGCCGGAAAAGCACCUUCGACGCCAGCAUCACCCUCGUCGUCUUCCUCGACAUCUCCUUCGUCUACUACUACUUCAACUUCCACAUCUUCUGCUACUAAAUGCCAUUCUUUGGCUGCAAUUUUUGUUGUGGUGGCCUCACUUUUGGCCACCCUUUUCUGCUCUAUGUUUUGAUUUUGACCAUGGGACUCUCUAGGACGGGGGACGGGGGCUUCACAUAUUGUUGCAUGUGAUCAUAUGAGCUGAAUAAUUUUUUUAUAUAAAUAUAUAUAUGAUGUAACUUUAGAAAAAAUAUAAAGUAUAUAAUAUUUGAAUAAAUAUGAUA